CGCUAAGAAAGUGUAAUAAAGAGCGAUUAAGCAUCAUGCCACUGCUACUGCUGCUUAUUGCUCUGUUCGCCCUAAAAGCAUGUGAAGGUACAAGUUUCGAGGGCUAUAAAGUCUACCACGUAACUCCAAACACUCUAGAACAAGCGAAAAUUCUCAAUGCGUAUCACUAUGAGGAGAAAUUCGACUUUUGGGAGGAAAGUCAUCUCCUUGGAGACCCCAGCGAUAUUAUGGUGGCACCUGAAGACCAACCGGCCUUUGAAAGAAACCUGACCAGAAACCUUUUUGAUUACAGCAUUGUAAUUGACAACGUUGAAAGACUAAUUCAACAAGAGAAAAUUGAACGAUCAAUGACGCGAACAAUGCUUGCUCCCGGACAGGUCACAUUUUCCAGCUUCAUGCGCCACAGUGAGCAUAUGGCCUACCUGCGACGAUUGGCCGCCGACUACCCCAACAUAGCCACUGUAGAGAAAAUAGGCGAGUCUUACGAAGGUCGAGAUAUUCUGAUGCUGAAAAUAUCCAGUGGUCCAAGUGAAACCUCGACGCCAAAACCGGGGAUUCUAAUUGAUGCAGGAAUUCACUGCAGGGAGUGGAUUGCGCCACCGGUCGCCCUGUAUAUCAUUCAACAAUUGGUUCAAAACAGUGCCAAUGCCCAUAUGUAUGCGAAUGUAGACUGGUACAUUGUGCCUAAUUUGAACCCCGAUGGAUACGAAUUUACACAAAGCAACAAUCGCCUGUGGAGGAAAAAUCGGCGCUUAACUGAAGGAGCGCAGUGUAUAGGCACAGACUUGAACCGCAACUUUGGAUACUACUGGAUGCAUGCAGGAGCCUCUCAGGACUCCUGCUCAGAAAUUUACGCCGGGCCAGAAGCAUUUUCCGAACCAGAAUCACAAGCCAUCCGAGAUUGGGUUCUGGCCAAUGGCGAGAACCUGCAACUGUACCUCUCCUUCCAUAGCUAUGGGGAAAUGAUGCUCUAUCCUUGGGGAUAUGCACCGGAACUGCCGGAAAAUCACGAAGACUUACAUUAUGUGGGUCAGCUGGCGGCUACAGCUAUUGAUCAAGCCAGUACCAUCAAUUCCCAAUACAGAGUCAACAGUUCAGCUAUUCUUCUUUACGAAGCGGCUGGAGGAAGCGACGAUUGGGUAAAAGCUGAAGGAAAAGUGGAUCUCUCCUAUUGCGUGGAACUACCUGAUGGCGAUGCCCCGUUCUUCUUCAUGAUUCCUGCCAGACAAAUCUUGCCAGCAGUACGCGAGACUUUCGAAGGAGUGAAAGCCUUCCACGCGUACAUCGAGGAAAAUUUCUGGACCAAUCAAGAUGUUGAAGUUGACGACGCAAACCCUGAAAUCCAUUGAUUGAUCCAUAUUUCACAAUUAUAUUAAACACGCAUUAAACUAAUGUUCUAAUAAAUUGA